CAGGGUCACGAGGCGUAGGCCAUGGCAACGGAAUGGUCAUUUGUGUGUUUUUCACCCGUUUGAGCACAAUAUUCAUCAUAACUAUUGCCAGAAAUAGCAGCAAUUCUUGCUGACAAUAAUUUCAUUAUUCUGGAUGCUUUGAUGCCAUCAAAAAUCAGGAUUGUUUUGGAGGGAUACGCGCGGUAUCGUGAUGGCAAGAGGUGGAAGAAACGUUACUGCGUGUUGUCACUCUCACCAACUACUCCCGAUGCGUUACAUUUAUACAUUACUAAAAGUUAUGAUGAUUUCGCAGCUUAUCGUAAUUCAGGCUCAGUACUUACUGCCAUGCUUCCAGCUGUACGCAAGCUACACGAAUUACCAAUUUCCCCAGAAUCCCGUGCUUUGCUUGGUGAUGCUGCCGCUAUUAUACGGAGACCAUCUGAGCACAAUCAUACUUUAUCACUGCAUCAAAAUACUUCCACUCCUAGUUCAUCAGUUACAACUUUCAGUGGUCCUCUAAUUAAUACUGCAGCUCAGUCUUAUAAUGCUGCUUCAGGGAGCACUUCAUCAGGACUUGCAGCAGCAUCAAACUUAGCAUCAAGUGUCGGUGGUCCAGCACCUGUGGACGUAAUCACAGGUUUUGAAAGUGGUUAUCAUAUGGAUAAGGAGUCAAAUAUCAUAGUUCUCAUUGGUGGAUCCUCUGUGUAUGCGUUAGCCCUAGCCGGUAUGGAUGAAAUGUUCUGUUGGGCUGAUAAUUUAGCUCGUAUUGUCGUUGAUAAUCAUUUCCGAGUUACACUACGUCAUACAGGUGAUGGUAGUAAAUUAUUUCAAGGUCUCCAGGGCAGUUUACAUGUACAACAUUGGCGAUUAUGUUUGAUAGGUGAACCAUCAACCGGUUGUAAAUUCAUUUGUAACUGGCGAUUGGAUCAUGUUGAUAAAGCAUAUACAAUGACUAUGCCUGCACAGAGUGCUAAUCAAUUCUUAUCAAACAAUAAUACUAACAAUAAUAAUUCUAGUAUUAUAAAUACCUCUAGUAAUUCUACUACUGUGAGUAGUAAUUCAACGUCAGGUAUCAGUAAUAGUUUCACAACAAUAAAUCCAACAUCGACAUCUGCCACUUGCCUAUCUUCAUCUUCAUUUCAUACUGGUCAUUUGUCGAAUCUGGACAGUCAUAGAACUGGAUCAACCAUAAUGUCAGCAGUAACAACAUCGACAUCAAAUUCUAUCACUGUCAACAAUCCGAACAAACAUUUAUUUUUCAUGGAAUGUAGUCCAGCUUCAGGAAAAGGUCGUGGUUCAUAUAUUUUCGAAAUUGAUGGUAGCCGGUUGGUGGAGUUAACCAUAGCUAUUGAACAAUUCACUGCAUUACGUUAUAAUCCUAAUUUGAAACCGGCUACAUCGGCCGAAGCAUCCCAAUUAACAGCUACAGCUCAAUCAAAUUUAAGUACAAAUAGUUUUGUGACAAUUGAUCGUUGUAAUAAUAAUAAUAAUAAUUUUCUACGUAAUAAUAAUAAUCCAAUGUGUACCAUACACACUAAUAUCGGUGGUGCGGGUGGUGGUUGUAGUAGCAGUAUGACAGAUGAUUUAGGCGUUGCAUCUUCAUCAUUCUCAUCAGAUACAAGUAGUAAUCCACGAUCUGUAUCUCCAACCCAUCAUCAUCAUCACCAGCAUCAUCCUCAACCACAGCAGCAACAACAACAACCAUUGACAAAACGACGUAGUCGUGAUAGUAUAUUUAAUCCUUUAAGAAAAAUAUCCGCUGGACAUCAUAAUUUUAAUCUAUUAUUCAACAAAACAAAUGAUUAUCAAUCUUCAACAAUAGAUCGUUUUCUCAGUAAACAAACAAUGUCAUCAUUUCAUCAUAUGACUUCUACGGCGGGGGCGGCGAUGACAACGACAACAGCAGCAGGAACAAUGACUACUAGCACUAUUGUUACGGAACAAUCAUUAAUGCCGCCUGUAUUACAUUCGAAAUAUAGUAUGAAUUUUCAGCGAACAUCAUCAUUAUCUCCACCAGAUAUGAUGAUGAUGAUGACGACGACAACCAAUGAUCCGCCUAUAUUAUUAGAUCAUUAUAAUCCUAAUUCAUUGUCAAGAUGUGAUCGUUUAUUAUUAAAUCAGACUAAUUUUAAAGAGAAAUUCGAUCCAAGUGGCGGUGGCGGUAGCGCUGCUGCUGCUGCCGCUGCGACAACUCGAGUAACAACGAUUACGAAUAAUAAUAAUAAUAACAAUAUGCAAGAAGGUAACAAUAGUCCGAUUGAAAUUUUGAAUUCAUUCAAAGAAACAUCUCAUAAUGUUAUGGAUUUUAAUAAUAAUAAUAAUAAUCCACUUACCUCAUCCAUAUGUUCAUGUUCAUCAUUAUGUAUUACUACUACUGGGACAAAUAAUACAUUCCCAAUUACUUCAUCAUCAUUUCGUCUAGUUGAUGAUGUGAAUAUAUUGUCAUCAUCGUCUUCUUCUUCACCAAUGAUUGGUUAUGAUCUAAUUGAAAAUGCAUCAGAUGAUAUUAAUAAUAAUAUACAAGUAGCUAAAGUUGCUGCUGGUUUGAUUAUUUCAAGAAAACCACCUCAUCACCAACAUCAUCAUCAUCAUACUCAACAACAACAACAACACAGUGCUGCGGCUAGUGGUGGUUAUUCUACACGAAUUUCUGCGUUAACAUCAAUGAAUUCAAUGUUUACUGGUACUUCUACUAUGAAUACUAUCACUACUACAAUGAAUACUUGUGGUGGUGGUGUUACAAGUAGUCAUUGUAAACAAGCACCACAAUUGCCACCACUUCCUCCAGUUCUUGCUUCCUCGACAAUUUCAUCUUGUUGUCAUCAUCAUCAUCAACAUCAACCUCAUCAUCACCAUCAUCAUCAUCAUACUCAUCAUCAUCGUUUCAUUUUCGAUGGUGGUGGUGCUGGUAGUGGUGGUGGUAAUCAAUCGUCCAGUGGAUGUUCUACAACGGCAGUUCUUCCAUCAGUGCCUAUUCCAUCCAUUGGUACAGAUUCUGGUAUUAAUAUUCAUAGUAUUAUGCAUAAUUCUUCAUCAUCAUGUUCUAGUGAAUAUAAUCGUACACAAAUUUAUCCGGAAUCAUUAUUAUCGAAAGAGAAACAAUAUUCACGAUUAUAUCAUAAUAGUUCAUCAAAUCUUGUUUCUUCAUAUCAUCAUAUCUCAGAUUCAUUGCAUACAUCAAGUUCUGAUUUAAAUUGUCUUGCUGCUGCUACUUCUUCUUCAAUGGAAUCUACAUUAGAUCAAGUUGAUAAGAAUAUUUGUGAUACAGAUGAAAUUACUUCUACUGCUACUACUACUACUACUAUUAUUACUACUACUACUACUACUACUACUACUACAUCUUGUAUUACAGGCAGCCAAAACUCUCCUAAUCAUGAAAUAUUUACAGCAGAUGAAGAUUACUGGGAUUUACGUGAUCAUAGUAAUGCCAAUAGUCAGCAUAAAUCACUAAUACAUUCAUCAAAAGUGACUACAACAACUACAAUUGAUGACGUCAAUACAUCAAAGAAAUCUGAUCAUCUUUGUGCUAUAACUGAUACAAUCCCAUCUACUGUUGUCCCUGAAUUACAUUCAUGUAAAGAAUCAUCACUUCAUUCAUGUGAACUGAAUCGGUUGAUCAAUACAGCAGCAUUUAUCUUUCCUCAUUCUUAUUUAUCAUUAAUUGGACCUGGUCAGUGUAUUUACCGACACCGGUUACAACAAUAUCGAGUCUGUCAUUGUAUAUCUUCACUUCGACGAUCAUUUUCAGCAAGCUCUAAUAUUCAAUUCAUUGGUUUGUCAAGUAAUAAUCUUAAAUUUGUUAAUACUUCUCCAUCUGUAACAGUGAAAACUAUGCGUUCACUAGACAGUUGUGUUGUUGUUCCUUGUACGACAGCUAUAAACGAUGAUAACAAUUCGGUCUUGGACACUACUACUACUACUACGACUACUCCGACCACUACUAUUGAUCAUGAUUCAAAACAUUGUAGGACUUUGCAAUCAUUUUGUGCUAAUCCACGUAUCUCUAUUCCUUCUCCAUUAUAUAAAUCUUUUUGUGGAGGUCGUUUGCAAAAAAUUCACAGAUUAUUUCAUCGUAAACAACCUGAAAGUCAUAAUAAUAAUAAUAAUAAUAAUAAUCUUCAACAUGAAAAAAUCCCAAUGGAAAGAUCAGAGCUUUUACACGAUUUGGAUUUUGACAUACAACUAAAAGAUGACAUAAAAUCGAAAACAUUUUUAUACACUAAUGUACCACCAUUCUGGCAUUGUAAUCGUCACGAUGAUAAUCAUGAUGAUGCAUAUGAUGAAGAUCAUUCUGAUAGAAAUGUUGAUCUUUUUUGCCGAAUCUUUAUUUGCCCACGUCAUGGUAUUCUUAGUCUUCGAUGGAAUUUAAUUAAUGAUACUGGUCAACAGCAUAUCUCACGAUUGGAUACUACUACUGGCAAAAGAAAGACUAUUCCUUCGUCUAAAAAACUCUUAAAAUCAAUAUUUAUUUGUCAAAAGCAUUCAAGAUUAUUAACUCUACCGCUUCAUUCUGUAAAUAAUUCUACAACUUUAUCUCGACCUCUAUCUUGUGUACGUUUAACAACAGAAAGAAAAAGUUCUGAAAAUCCUAAUAUACACAAAGACAACAAUGAUGGUGGUAAUAAGUGUGUUGUUACUUCUCCAAUUGUGUAUAUGACAGGCUCGCAUACACUACCUAAAAACAAAAUUUCCCAUUCCUUAUCACCAUCACCUACAACUCGCACUUCAAACAUUGAUCAGUAUUAUUUGGCAUCAAUCACUCAUCGUAGUCCAUCGUUAACAUCAUUAAAUUCAUUGCCAUGCUCUGAACCAUGUUUAUCUAAGUUAAAUUUCAUUCAUUCAUCAUCAUCAUCACCAUCAUCAUCAUCAACAACAUCAUCAUCAUUCUGUGUAGAAGAUUAUUAUAAUGACUUAUUAGAAUGGCGUACUAAUAAUAAUAAUAAUAACACUAGUUUAAAAUCACUCAAUAAUUCUCAACAGCAACAACAACAACCAUAUGAAUCAUUGUCAACUGUGCCAAAAUCAUGUCAUUCCGAGAAGAAGAAGAUGAUGACGACGACGACGACGUCUGACAAUGACAAUAGUUCAGCAUUAUUACUAUUAUCAUCAUCAUCAUCAUCAUCAAGUGAUUUAAAAUAUCAUUCAAUAGUCAAUUAUAGAAAUACUAUUGAGAAAUCUUUCAUAAAUAAUCCUUUAUGGAAUUAUUAUUAUUAUUAUUAUUAUUCUAAUGUUGAAUUAUUCAAUGAAAUACCAUUUUACUUGUUACGUAUAAAUUCUUACAAUAAUCAAAAUAAUAAUAAUAAUCUAUCUGGUCUAGUGAAAUCUUGUCCACAGAGAAAACACCAACAACAUGCUGAUGCUGAUGAUGCUGAUACAUGUACACAUGAUCAUGUACAUCAUAGUGGUGGUGGUAGUAAUAUGGAUUGUGACAUAUUACAAUUGUCAUCCUUAUCAUCAUCAUUACAUUCGGAUAAACAUACAACGCCAUCACUUUCAUCAUCGAGCUAUUCUUCAGAAGGUCUAGCAUUGCAACUGCCAACAACAACAACAACAAAGGGUAAUAUGAUGAUUACAUGGCCGAGAUCACUUUGUACUGGAAACAGUGUAAUCGACAAUACUGACAAUUGUGAAUUGAAUUAUUCUACAAAUUCACUAUCCUAUAAUAAAAAUAACAAAAGUGCUAAUACUACUACUACUAGUAGUAGUAGUAGUAGUAGUAGUCACACUAGACAAUCAUAUCUAUCUAAGUUAUUUGAUCGUUCUGUGUAUAAUAAUAAUAAUGUCAAAUCAUCCAUGUCACCAUCCAUGUUCAAUUCGACAAUACGAGCAAAUACUUUACCAGCUACAAGAAUUCCACCUGAUCAAUUAAUCAAUAAUACAAAUACAUGGAAUAAUGUGAAUAAUCAUCAUGUGUAUGUUAAUUCAUUGGAAAUUGGUAUUCCUAAUCGAAAUGCUGUCCGGCAUCGUUCAAAUCAUCGUAAUUCCAUUCAUUGCAACAUGUCAGAAGAUUAUAAUACUACAAACAUUACUAGUAUGAGUAAUGAUAGAUUAGAUUAUGUAUUAAGUCGAAAAUGUUUUUAUCAAUCAGAAAUUGAUCCAUCCUCUCGUAUGGUAACUACAGAAGCCUCUAGUAGUAGUAGUAGUAGUAGUAAUAAUAAUAAUAAUAAUAAUGCUAACAGACAAUGCAGAGAAUUCAAUGAACAACUUGACAAAUCCACACUUUCCAUCGGUGAUGGUCGUGAACAACAACUACCGGUUAAUUAUCCUGUCUAUAAUAAUUUGAUUAACUUACGUGAAACUGCUCGUUCUUUGAGUAAUAAUGAUGGUGUUAUUAGUAGUACUAGUAGUAGUAUAUCAUCAUCAUCAGCUCAUGGUUUGAAAUCGAUUUCUUCCCUUCAAUCUUCAUUGCCGACAACAUCUACCUCAAUAUCUGGUAAUAUACAAUCGGACGAUUUAUCAUUGACAUCACAAUUUCUUCAUGUCACCACUAUUAACGACGACGAUGGUUAUCAUCAGAGUCAAUCAACAGCCAGUUAUGUUAAUUUACCAAUGUUUUGGUCGAAUCAUCGCUCUACCACUACUACUACUACUACUGGUACACUUUCGUCAGUAAUUUCUAGGUCGUCCACAUCAUGUCAGCAACAACAAUAUUUCACUGCUGAUCAGACAACACCAAUCACAACAACAACAACAAUAAGUCCUCGAUUAUAUGCUAAUAUGAUGCUUUUCAAUACUACUAGUAAUAAACAGCAAUCAGUUAAAAAUCAACAACAACAACCGAGUAAAACAGAUUUCAAUUUACUAUGCAAAAAUCGUUUUCAUUAUCAUCAUCAUCCUGGUGCUGGUGCUGCUGCUGCUGGUGGUGAUGGUACUUCUACCAGCAGUAUGAUUGAUUGUAGCAGUAGUAGUAAUAGUAGUAGUAAUUUGUUCAUUGGUGCUGGUGAAUCACAACUAUCGAAACUCAUAGAUGUAUCGAAUAAGCCAUCUUACUCAUUUGAACCGAUUUCACCACUCAUUAAUCCUAUUUCUACUAAUACUAAUACUACUACUACUACUGCUACUGCUACAUCAACACUACCUCAAUGUUGUCGAGAAGCAGUAGCAAGAGUACGACCAGCGGUAAAUUUACCUACCAGUUCAGAUUAUUCAAAUCUACCUGAUGAGGUUCGUGAUCCUAGUCGAAAUUAUGCUAUGGUCGAUUUACGACCUAGUCCAGCAAGUUCAUCUAUCCCACCUACAGAGUUAACAUUGAACAUGAUUCAACAUCAUAAUCAUAAUAAUGAUCAUCGAACUGGUCAAUGCACAACUGGUGGUAGUAGUAGUAGUAGUGGUAGCAGUAGUGGUAGUAGUGGCGGUUAUAUUAGUUUAAAUAACAGCACUGGUACCGGUAGUAGUAGUAGUAGUGGUGAUUGUACCAGUGAUGCAGCCACUCUAACAUCAGAUACUGUGGAAAGUUAUAAAACUAUUGGCACUUCUAACGAUAAUAAUAAUAAUAAUAAUUCAUGUAAUAGUAAACUAAAUAAAUCGAAAACAAAGCAUUCAUUCGGUGACAAUGAUGGUGGCGAUCAUAAUUUAUUGACUGGUGGUUCCAUUACUUCACGUCGUAGACAUAGUCAUAGUUUAUCAUUGGUAAAUACUACAACAACAACAACAACAGAUCAUCCAUCAAUUCUAUUAAAUUAUAUUCAUGUUAUCGCUGCGUCAAAUAGUUGUUUUGCUUCAACACUGACAACUACAACAACUACGACUACUACUGCUAUUGAUUAUACAACUCAAUUAUCCAGUUCAGAUAUUGUGAAUGAUUCUAAUCGUUUCAUUAAGAAGAAAAAGAAGGAGAAUUUAAUUUGUGAUUUUGGCAAUUCACCGGAUUCAUCAAAAAGUAGCAGCGGUCUCGGUGAAGUGACAUCAUCCUCGUCAUCAUCAUGUCAAUCCACAGAAUCUUCUUUAGUAGUACCUCCUACUUCGUCAAUUUCAUUUGGUGAUUUGUUUUCAUCAUGUCGUUCGAUGACGUCAUCUGGUACUUCGUCAGUGGAAAGUGGUAGUGUUAACACUACUAAUACUACUAAUAAUAAUAACAGUAAUAUUAUUAUUCAAAAUAUGAUUGAAUUAUCAGAUGAGAAUUGUGUGAACUAUGCACAAAUUGAUUUUGCACGUACAAUGGCAUUAGGUGAAUUAUCUGAUGAUAUUAUUAUGACACAAGAAAAUCAAAUGUUGCAUAAAUUACCUUCUUCUACUACUACGAAUACUACAGGUGAUAAACGUUUUGUCAAUCGAUGGAGUAAUCAUAUUACUACCAGUAAUAGUAAUAGUAGUAGUAGUAGUAAUAAUGCCAGUAAAAUUAAUCGUACUACAUCGGUGAAAAAAACAUUAUGUCGUUCAAUACGCUUAAUUGGUCGUGGAACUCGUAAGAAAAUUGGUUAAUUCUCGAGUAUAAGAAAAUAAUAAAUAGAGAACUCUCUCUAUGUGUGUGUGUGUGCAUGCGUGCCAAUAUGGUUGAUUAUUUGUGUGUUGUGUAGGUGCACGAAUUAAUGUUGGGCAUCUUUGUAGCUAGACGGUGUACUUUUCUCUUCUUUUCUGUAAAGAAUGUUUUGUUUUCAUUUUUGGUUCAAACUAAGUUUUACAUGGAAAUUGUGUGCAAUGUUAUUAUUUAAUAAGGCUUACUGUUUGUUUAUUUCAAUGCUUAUUCAUCAUUUAUCGCCUAUGCUUUUUUUCUUUACCAAUCAAUCGAUAUCAUUCAUGAGUGUAAUUUUAUGCAUGUAUGACUUGACUGACAGUCUUACUUACAACUGCUCAAAUUUUAUCUUUUCAUGUUUGUAGUGAUGAAAUUUUUCAUUUAUUCUCAUAUUUCAAAACAGAAAUGUGUGUGUAUAUUCAAGCUACCAUU